AUGGCUCAAUCGGUUCCACCAGGAGACAUCCAGACUCAGCCAAACGCCAAGAUCGUGUUCAAUGCUCCGUACGACGACAAGCACACCUACCACAUCAAGGUGAUCAACUCGUCGGCUCGCCGCAUUGGCUACGGCAUCAAGACGACGAACAUGAAGAGACUCGGAGUCGACCCGCCAUGUGGAGUGCUCGACCCGAAGGAAGCUGUCCUUCUCGCCGUCUCCUGCGACGCGUUCGCCUACGGACAAGAGGACACCAACAAUGACCGUAUCACUGUCGAGUGGACCAACACCCCCGACGGCGCCGCGAAACAAUUCCGUCGCGAAUGGUUCCAGGGCGACGGAAUGGUCCGCAGAAAGAAUUUGCCGAUCGAGUACAACCCAUAA